CGACGAGCAUCGAGCGUCGUGGGCCGCGCGCCGCUGUCGGCAUCCACGCACGAGUCGCUCCGACGAGACCGAGUGUUCCUGUCGCUUAGUGUUCUGAGUUGGUAUGCGAUGUCCGGAAGCCGGCGCCCACUGGCGUGCUGGAGCAACCUAAGGCUGUGAUGCGGAGCGGACGCCAUGCGGACGACCGUGCUGUCUCCCUACUCGGCGCUGCGAGGCCGCGUCUGCAGUAGGCUGCACGCCAGGAGUGCCGCCAUCGCCAGUGCAGUCUACACGCUGAACAUCUCCAUCCUGGUGGUGCUGCUCUAUAGCUGGAGGAUUGGAACGAACGCCAACCGACACGCCGCUCUUCAGGACGUUUACUACGGCGUGCAGAUCGCGUACCUGACCAUAAUAGGCACGCAGCUCUUCAUGAUCGCUCUCAGCAUACUGCUCCUCGCCGCCAUCUUCAAGGAGAACGCGGGUCUGGUGGUGCCGUGGAUCACCGGCUUCAUCACCUUCAUGGCGCUCGAGGCCAUGGCCAUGGUCUACUCGAACGUCCUCAGGGACCACGUGAACAAGCAGUUUGACGCCCUAUGUAAAAUGGAAGUCGCCUUCUUCACUUCAAGAGCCGCAAUAAAUUGCCUGGCGAUCUACGGCGUCAUCCGCUUCUACAACCUUCUGCGCGCCGGCGCCUCUUGGAAGUCACCGGAGUGCGUGGAGCUCUGAUACCAAGCGCCGCCCUGGGAGGACGAUGACCGGCUGUUGGGCGACUCCGUCUGACCAGCGGCGGCGGUCCCAGGGGCGAGCUCCGGACACUCGCUGCAGCGCCGCGCUCUGGCGAGGCGCCAACCGACUACCCGCGGUCCGCACCGUACCGCUCUCUCACGGGAGUGCUUAAUGCUGCGAGGCGCUCUGGAAGGACUCCAGAUUGUUGCCGAAUGAGUUCGGCACCCCAGGCGUCCUCGGGGAGACCUCAUCUGGGCCUUCUAUGGCGAACGGCGUACUGCGUUUUGUGCAUACUGCAACUGUGUGGGUCCAUCACGACGGUAGUGUCCAUCUGCGGCAGUAGGUCUGUGGCCCUCGGUGAACUGUCAGCUUCGUCACUCCUGCUGGCGAGGAGUAAUCUGUUUAUGAAACUGGCAGGGUCCACAGAGGUCUCCGACAAAAUUUCUGAAUAUUUCCCACAUACACUCAGAAACCGAACUGGGCAGGUGGCCUGAUGUAUCUACAUAAUGGCUGAUGCGGGCACAGCCUCUCCCUAUAGACAAAUGUCACUCCUCACAGUACAUACGUGGAAUUCUGUGAGAAACUGUGCUUUCUUUUUUUUUAACUGGACUUUUUCUGUAAGCUUUGAGAUAAAGUGCGCUGUAUUCAGCGUGUGACAUUGUUUUUCACGUAACAAACAGCACAUAUAAUUGGCAGCGGGACUCUCAUUCGUCAGGAGUCCGUCAUUUGACCUUCAUCUUUCAUUCUUUGUAGCCUGUUGUGAUUAACUGUGCUUCCCACCGCACUAUACUAUAUCACAAAACUUAAAAUAUAAAUUUGUUACAUAGCAGUGCU